AUGGCCAGCGUGAUCUCUCCGACCGAUGAGCGCCAGAAUGCUGGCACCAUCGAACUUAAAGAUGACACCCUUAUCGUGGUACUAGGCGCAUCUGGUGAUCUUGCGAAGAAGAAGACGUUCCCUGCCCUCUUUGGCCUCUUCCGCAACAAGUUCCUGCCCAAGGACAUUAAGAUCGUCGGAUAUGCACGGACAAAGAUGGACCACGAAGAAUACCUCAAGCGCGUGCGCUCAUACAUCAAGGUUCCCACGAAGGAGAUUGAAGAGCAACUAGACCAGUUCUGCAAGCUGUGCACCUACGUCUCGGGCCAGUACGACCAGGAUGACUCGUUCAUCAACCUCAACAAGCACCUCGAGGAGGUCGAGAAGGGCCGCCAAGGGAAGGAGCAGAACCGUGUGUUCUACAUGGCCCUGCCCCCCAGUGUCUUUAUUACCGUGUCGGAGCAGUUGAAGCGCAACUGCUACCCCAAGAACGGCCUCGCUCGCAUUAUUGUCGAGAAGCCGUUCGGCAAGGACCUGCAGAGCUCGCGCGAUCUCCAGAAGGCCCUGGACCCUAACUGGAAGGAGGAGGAGAUCUUCCGCAUUGACCACUACCUCGGCAAGGAGAUGGUUAAGAACAUUCUUAUUCUGCGAUUUGGCAACGAGUUCUUCAACGCCACAUGGAACCGUCACCACAUCGACAACGUUCAGAUUACAUUCAAGGAGCCGUUCGGUACUGAAGGUCGUGGAGGCUACUUUGACGAGUUCGGCAUCAUCCGUGACGUUAUGCAGAACCACCUUCUGCAGGUUCUCACGCUGCUCGCCAUGGAGCGCCCCAUCUCCUUCUCCUCGGAAGACAUCCGUGACGAGAAGGUCCGUGUUCUUCGCGCCAUGGAUGCCAUUGAGCCCAAGAACGUCAUUAUUGGUCAGUACGGGCGGUCGCUCGACGGCAGCAAGCCCGGCUACCUGGAGGAUGACACCGUCCCGAAGGAGUCACGCUGCCCGACCUUCACCGCACUGGUUGCGUACAUCAAGAACGAGCGAUGGGACGGUGUUCCCUUCAUCCUGAAGGCCGGUAAAGCCCUAAACGAGCAAAAGACCGAGGUUCGGAUUCAGUUCCGCGACGUCACUUCCGGCAUCUUCAAGGACAUUCCCCGCAACGAGCUUGUCAUUCGGGUCCAGCCCAACGAGUCCGUCUACAUCAAGAUGAACUCGAAAUUGCCCGGUCUGUCCAUGCAGACGGUGGUGACCGAGCUGGACUUGACGUACCGCCGCCGCUUCUCCGACCUCAAGAUUCCCGAGGCCUACGAGUCUCUGAUCCUGGAUGCCUUCAAGGGCGACCACUCUAACUUUGUCCGCGACGAUGAGCUGGAUGCCAGCUGGCGCAUCUUCACCCCGCUCCUGCACUACCUGGACGACAACAAGGAGAUCAUCCCCAUGGAAUACCCAUACGGCUCCCGUGGACCGGCUGUUCUGGACGACUUCACCGCAUCGUACGGCUACAAGUUCAGUGACGCUGCGGGCUACCAGUGGCCCGUGACGACCUCGGCCCCGAACCGGCUGUAG